AUGGCCAAUAGACCUGUCCGAAACAACCGUAACCCCAACUGUGUCAACCGCAACAACAAUGAAGAUGCAAACUCUCCCCCAAGAGUUAGCCUAAGCCGGGAAGAUUUAAUGGCCAUCACUACCAUUGUAGCAACCACACUGCAAGGGUUAGCGACCUCAAGUGCUAACCAGAAUCCCAACCCGCUACCAGAAGUCCAACUGCGUGGUAUUAAAUACUACUAUGAGUCCCUUCGGAAAAAUAGAGCCCCAAUGUUUGAUGGCAACCCUGACCCAGAAGUUGGUCAAAACUGGCUCAAGAAUAUUGAGGCUCAGCUUCGACUACUAGAAAUCCCGGAGGUGUUUAAAGUGGAUGUUGUGACACCCUUCCUAGAAGACAAGGCAUGCAAGUGGUGGGAAAUCAUUUCACCAACAAUGACUAAAGCUGGACCAGUGACAACAAUUAAAGAGAUGUUCUUGAAGCAGUACUAUUUGACUGAGUUUAGGUUACAGAAGCUGAGUGAAUUUGAAAACUUUACUCAAGCUCCGGGUAUGCCCGUAUUGGAGUACACCUCAAAGUUCAACUCGCUCCAAAAUGGACAUCAAAUGACAUGA